CGAGCCGGCCGGGAGGGCCCGAGAGCCGCCCCUCGCCAUGGCGAGCAGCAGCGGCUCCAAGGCCGAGUUCAUUGUCGGAGGCAAAUACAAGCUGGUGCGGAAGAUCGGGUCGGGCUCCUUCGGGGACAUCUAUUUGGCGAUCAACAUCACCAACGGGGAGGAAGUUGCUGUGAAGUUGGAGUCUCAGAAGGCUCGGCACCCCCAGCUGCUCUAUGAAAGCAAACUGUACAAGAUCCUGCAGGGAGGAGUUGGCAUCCCGCAUAUACGGUGGUAUGGUCAAGAAAAGGACUACAAUGUUCUAGUCAUGGAUCUUCUGGGGCCCAGCCUGGAAGACCUCUUCAACUUCUGUUCUCGCAGGUUUACCAUGAAAACAGUACUUAUGCUAGCAGACCAGAUGAUCAGUAGAAUUGAAUAUGUGCACACAAAGAAUUUUAUACACAGAGACAUUAAACCAGAUAACUUCCUAAUGGGUAUUGGGCGUCACUGUAAUAAGUGUUUAGAAUCUCCAGUGGGGAAGAGGAAAAGAAGCAUGACUGUUAGUACUUCUCAGGACCCAUCUUUCUCAGGAUUAAACCAGUUAUUCCUUAUUGACUUUGGUUUGGCCAAAAAGUACCGGGACAACAGGACAAGGCAACACAUACCUUACAGAGAAGACAAAAAUCUCACUGGCACAGCUCGAUAUGCCAGCAUCAAUGCACACCUGGGCAUUGAGCAGAGUCGUCGGGAUGACAUGGAGUCUCUAGGCUAUGUAUUGAUGUACUUUAACAGAACCAGUCUGCCUUGGCAAGGAUUAAAGGCUGCAACAAAGAAGCAAAAGUAUGAAAAGAUUAGUGAAAAGAAAAUGUCCACUCCUGUUGAGGUUUUGUGUAAGGGGUUCCCUGCAGAAUUUGCCAUGUACCUGAACUACUGUCGUGGCCUGCGCUUUGAGGAGGCACCAGAUUACAUGUACCUGAGGCAAUUAUUCCGUAUUCUUUUCAGGACCUUGAACCACCAGUAUGACUACACAUUCGACUGGACAAUGUUAAAGCAGAAAGCAGCACAGCAGGCAGCCUCUUCCAGUGGGCAGGGGCAGCAGGCCCAAACCCCCACAGGCAAGCAAACUGACAAAUCCAAGAGUAACAUGAAAGGUUUCUGAGCAUGACGAGGAUGGGACAAAGCAGAGCAGAUCGGAGCAGGACUUGUCACUCCCCAAAUCCUAGAAAUUUUAGUUGAUACACUUGCCAGUGGCUGUGGGCAACCAUUUCCUUGGUGUAAAGAACUUAA